UCCAAAAACUUCGUCGUAGUCGACAGAGCAUGCCACAACAGCGCGAACGUAUGCACAUUCGCUGAACGCACGAAGGCGCGUCAGCUACUAGGCCACGCACGCGGUAGCUGCGCCAUGCUCUGCCGACGCCACAGAUGUGAGCCGCCUUCGUCACUCACGCGGAGAUGAGCAACAUCAGCGGCUCACAUCUGUGGCCGCGAAUGAGAGCGCGACUCCUCCGCUCCCAUACCCAUCCCAAAGAAGGAGAUCGGGAGCCUCGACGGCGUCACGCACCCAUUCGCAGAGGACGCAGACCCACCCGCCGCAUCCAUUGUCGAGACAUGGUGAUGCCACUGCACAGCAGCGACAUCGACUCUUCAAUGUCGGCGGCGAGCCCAACAGCGGUGGCUCUCGCGGCGUCUGGCUCGGCUGCCGAUCCGGCAGCUUUGGCAGAGACCGCAGUGGCGACCCACCCCACACAACGCAUCCGCCCAUUGUGCGUCUGUCGCCGUGCCUGUCACCAAACGCGCCAGCAGCCGAUGAAGAUGGCAUGCUCAGCGCGCCUGGCAGGAGACGCUUCGGUCCGUCUGAUUGCAAAGUGUGGUUGGUUGGGUGCUGCGUCUGACGCUGAAAUUGAGA